AUGACUUGUUCCGGCGUGGAGGAGAAAAAGGUCGUUGGCGGCGGCAACACCAUGUUGAUAGGGAAGAGAUGCGACGUCGGCCGCCACGACGAUGAAGUACUGGUGCCGAGUAAUCAUCAGAUAGUCCAUAACCAAGUGGAGAAAAUAAAACAAGAAUCACAAAAUGAUGACGUGGAGUACUGGUCACCGCGGCGGCAUCAGCAGCAGAAGAGAAGAAGCGUUGUUGCUCCGGCGGAGGCGCCACCCAUUUCGACAAGGCAACAACAUUACUCUCGGUCAAGACUCGGAAGCAGCCAUUAUGCCAUCAAUAAAAUAAGGUAA